AUGACAAGCAGUCAAAAAGAUCAGGUCUUACAGGAACUCAGAAGUCAGAUCGCUCUGGCAAAUGCUCAGGAAUUGAUGCAGAAAAUGUCAGAAAAAUGCUUUAAGAAGUGUAUAUAUAAACCUGGAACCCAAUUAGACAACUCUGAGCAGAAAUGUCUUGCCAUGUGUAUGGAUCGAUAUAUGGAUGCGUGGAAUACAGUUUCACGUACAUAUAAUGCACGAUUAUCAAGAGAACAUUCAAGUGGCGGCCUUCAAUAG